CGACUGUGAGAGGUCAUGACUAGUCAGAGAAUAUUCUCUGACGGGCCUUGCUGCUAUAGAACGACGUGUAUCCUCGAAAGCAAAUGGGACAGAAGCGGAGCCAUGCCGAGACAAAAGAUGGCUUUGCGAAGCCGUCGCGAAACAAGGAUCGGAUGAACGAAAAGAAGGGGAAACCGGACUCAAAGAAGCAUGGCAAUAAUGGGAGCACUGGCUCUGGCUUGUUGUUCAAGCCUCAGCCAGAAUGGCACGCAGUCGAGCUCCCGGAGCUACCGAUAAUCGAGAAUCCGACGAUACCGGAACGACAUGUAAUCGACGCCCUGCACGAAUACGCGGAUAAGCUCCUGGAGGCGGAGGCGACCCAGUAUAGCGAGUCGCAUAUGGCCAGAGAUUCAUCCCACAGGUUCAUGUCCACGAUCAUGUCUUCCGGGACCAUGGAGGAUAAAGUCUCGGCUUUGACGUUGCUUGUUCAGGAAUCGCCGCUGCAUACUAUGAAAGCAUUUGAACAGCUGCUUGGUCUAUCGAGAAAGAAGGGUAGAAGCUCCGCUCUGAUGGCUCUUGCAGCUUUGAAGGAUCUACUGGGUUCCGGGGUUGUGUUACCUCCGGACCGGAAGCUGAAGGUUUUCGCAAGACAGCCUGCUUUGAUAUCCGCACUGCAAGGAAAGUCUGCACAUUGGAAACAUGGCGACAAGUUACCUGGCGACAUCCAAAAGGUUCAUCUGAUCGCGUGGGCGUAUGAGGACUGGCUGAAGAGACAAUAUUUUGAGAUGCUCAAGAUCAUCGAAGUAUGGUGCGCUGAUGAGGUGGAAUUCUCUCGGAACCGGGCCUUGACCAUGGUCUGGGAGUUGUUGAAAGAGAAGCCUGAACAGGAGGAAAAUCUGUUACGGCUGCUUGUCAACAAACUUGGAGACCGGGAGAAGAAAGUUGCAUCCAAAUCGUCCUAUCUCCUGCUUCAACUCCAGACGACGCAUCCGCUGAUGAAAGGGGUCAUCAUCAACGCGAUUGAAACCGAUCUCCUUUUUCGGCCGAAUCAGAACGCCCACGCCAAAUACUAUGCUGUCAUCACCCUCAAUCAGACGGUUCUGAGUAUGAAAGAGCACGAAGUUGCGAACAAACUGCUGGAAAUUUACUUCGCUUUGUUCGUGGCGCUGUUGAAGAAAGAAAAGGAAAGGGAAAAGCAGGAAAAGAAGCUCAAUAAGGACGGCCUCCCACAGGGUGGUGGAGGGAGACCUGGGAAGAUGGCGAAAAGAAAAGCCCAGAAGCUAGCGACGCAAGCAUACAAAUCGGAGGAAGAGAUGAGGGAGAAGUUGAUCUCUGCAGUCUUGACCGGUGUCAAUCGUGCUUUUCCCUUCGCAAAGACCGAUGACGCAAAGUUUGAGGAGCAGCUCAACACCAUCUUCGAAGUGACGCAUUCGUCAAAUUUCAAUACCAGCAUUCAAGCCAUGAUCCUCAUUCAGCAAAUCUCCGCUACCAAACACAUCUCUGCCGACCGUUUCUACCGCACACUUUACGAAUCCCUUCUUGACCCACGCCUUAUUACGACCUCCAAACAUAUCCUCUAUCUCAACCUCCUGUAUCGGGCACUGAAGGCGGACCCCAGCAUUCGACGUGUCCAAGCCUUUGUCAAACGCCUGCUACAGAUCAUUCAUUUGCAUGAGCCGCCCUUCAUCUGUGGUGUGCUCUACCUCAUCAAAGAACUGAUAAACACAUUCCCCAGCAUCAAAUCAAUGCUGUCCACACCGGAGGACAACGACUCGGAAAGUGGAGACGAGCAUUACGAGGAUGUACCUGAGGACGGUGCGCCCGUCAAUGCCCCAGAAACGGCCAAGCGGCCGCGCUACGAUCCCCGAAAACGGGACCCUGAUCACGCGCACGCUGAUCUGUCGUGUCUUUGGGAGUUACUUCCUCUUCAAGCGCACUAUCACCCUUCAGUGCAUGUGCUUGCAUCCAAACUGCUGAAUCAGCAACCCAUCACCGAGAAGCCGGAUCCUACUAUCUAUACCCUCAUGAACUUCUUGGACAAGUUCGCGUUCAGAAAUGCAAAGUCCAAGGCACAAGCCACACAUGGCCAGUCCAUCAUGCAGCCCAUGUCGGGUACGUCGAAGGCUACCGACUACCUUAUCACGGUGCGCGACGGAGAUAGACUUCACAAUCCUGUCAAUUCCGAGGAGUUCUGGAAGAAGAAGGUCGAGGAGGUGCGCGAGGAUGAAGUCUUCUUCCAUACGUACUUUGAGAAGUCCGGCAAGGCGAAGCAGACCAAGAUCAAGGAAAAGAAGAGGAAGAGAACAGAGGAUGAAGACGAGGAAGAAAGCGGUGAAGAUGAGAUUUGGCAGGCUUUGGUCAAUAGCAGGCCGGAGAUCGAAGGCGAGGAUGCUGACGAAGGAUUCAGCGACCUCGAUAUGGACGACAUGAGUGAUGACAUGGAGGAAGAUGGUGGAAUGGACGGCGGCGUUGAGCUUAACCUGGGCAGCGACGAUGAAGAGGAAGGCGCACCUGCUGCGAAACAGGGAGAAGAUGAUGAGGAUCUCGGCGACGACGGCUUUGACCUUGAUGAAGAGGACGCUUUCGUCGACAGUGACGAAGAUGUACCGAUUGACAUGGACAUGAACGACGACACGGAAGUGGAAGAGUCGUUGCCAUCCAAGUCCAAACAGGAGAAAGACAAGAAGGGACGGAAGAAGAGGAAGCUCAAGCAUCUCCCAACCUUCGCGUCUGUGGAAGAGUAUGCGAAGCUGAUCGGGGAUGAUAGCGAGUAGAGCAGUCCGAUCCUGUUUCUUCAGGGUAUGGGUGGGCGUUUUACCAGCAUAAAUAGACGGUUACCUGGCUUCAUGGGUGUGGGUUUGCCUGUAGCUAUCCCUUAAUUCUUGUAAUGCUUCCUACAAUGCCAACAAUAACCACCCUCCCACCCGUCCUUUGUUUUCUCCGGUUGCCGUCUGGUUCAUGUUAGAUUACAGAGUAACUGGCGUAGAGCCUUCCAAAAGUAAAGAUGCUGCAAAAUACUUGGGGGGGGUAUGACAAGGCGGCACCGCAGGCCACACAGACUGGAUAGCCGUGCCAGC